AUGAUGGGUUGUCGCAGUUUCAAUCAAUAUCAAACUCGUACUUUAAAUACUAUUCUAACUAUACAAUCUUUAUCAACAUUGCAACUACUGUCCACACGAGACGUAUGGGUUAUUGAGAAUAUUGCAGACAUGAUAUCUCCAAUCAAAUAUCUAACUUUGAGCGGUAAUUUUAAAUUGGAUGCAGUAUUUUUAUUACUUAAACAAUUACCACAUUUACUUCAUCUCAAUUUGAACCGUGUCGAUCUUUCAUUCCAUUCUGGUUCAUUUCAAUGCUUGUUUGAACUGAAAUGUAAAGUUAAAUUACAAUUAAUUCUCUGUGUUGCUGAAUAUAGUCAGUUUGAAUUGCUUUUGCGGCAUUUACCAAAAUUGUAUUAUCUCAAACUCGGCGGAUCAUUUGGCUUUUACGUUAAUGAAAGAUCCAAUUUCUCGAAUGGAAAUCGAUGGGAAAAUGAUAUUUUUAUGAAAUUACCAUUACUGAAACAAAUUCAGAUUAAUCUAGAGGCUGAUCCAUAUAUAGAGGAUGACACUGUACGUUUUCGGGAACAGCUUCGGUACGCAAACGAAUAUGUCUUACCAUCAUUUAAUGAAAAUGAAUAUUUAAAAAGUAUAAAUUUCAAAGCCGAAUUGCUAAAAGUAACGAACAUGUAUGCAGGAGAGGGGUAUCGUUUACAGUUAGUUUGUCUCUAUCCAGACAUACCCUUAACGAAGGCAAAACGUUUGAUUAAGAGCUGA